AUGCCGCGGCCAAAGAGAACCAAGGUUCAGCCUUCUGCUGUGCGCAGCAAAGGUCCCGUACACGCCACCGCGAAGAAGAUCGAAUCACAUGCGCCCAAACCAGCUUUCGAUGAAUUGUAUGAUGUUAGCGAUCCGGAGGAGAGAAUUACUACCACUACGCGGAGCUCCAGGAAGGGCAAUGAUCGAGGAAAAGCUGCUGCGACACCGCUAGGACGCGCAAAGAAGGUCGACGCGACACAGGAGAAGGAUAUGGAACUGGAUGUAGAGAAGGGAGAUGAUUUGGACAUUGACCUUGGAUCAAGUUCGGAUAUUGAGGUGUCAAGAAGGGAUAUCAACACACCAGCUGUGGGAAACUCGUCGAUGGCAUUUGGAAACAUUCGCAGACGGCCGCGUGAACCAAGCAUUCUAGGACGUGGAACGGGUAGAGCGCGAUCUAGUAGUGUUGAGUCAGAUAUGGCGGAUGAUAAUGGUCUUACGAGUGUUGGAAAGAUAAAUACACCAGCCACGGCAUUUGGAGGAUUCAGAGGGAGGACUAGACAACCAAGUGUAUCUGGCAGGAUAACCACCGUGGGCGGAAUGGGAGGUGGUACACCAGCCCGCGUUGGAUCCGCUAUGAAGAUUGGGAAUUUCAGACGAAGGGCACGAGAACCAAGUUUGCUUGGAACAGCUCGAAAGCAACAACAGGCACGGCCCGAGUUUGACGACGAGGAUGAUUUCAACCCAGAGGACGAGUCUACGCCAUUGAAUUUAUCGAAAGCGAGAGCUAUGAAUAGUUCAUCUGGUGCUUCCGGUUCAAAUUCGCGAAAGCGCAAGCUAGCAGAUGUUCAAAUACCCCAGUCUCAAUCAAGCCCAACUAGGCGAUCACCAGCAGCUAGACAAGAAGAUGAAACCAUCCCAGCGACGGCAUCUGCACAUGAGGACGAGGGGGAAAACGAGGAGGAGAAUGAGGAAGACGAACUGCCUGAGCUAGAUGAAGAUCGCCCAAUGCCUUCGAUUGAAGCGCGACCUGUCACCCCAGAACCUAUGAGCGAGACGAUGGCACCACCUCUUAGCAGCAGUUCUGCUUCUAGUCCAGAGCUCCCAGACCCGGCAACAUUACCUCUUUUCCGCGGACGAAGACCUCUACGAGGUAAAACCCCACCCCCUCGAACACAAGAUUCCCCAAUAUCCUCUCCACCCUCUCUCACACAUUCUCCAAACCGACCAUAUAUCGCAUCAGCAAAAACCAAGGCCAAAACCAAGCCCAAGAAGGCACCACCACCACCUGCCACAUAUUCUACCGCGCAACUACAAGCUCUCCUUCCCAGAAGAAGACGUCAUACUACUCGCGAUCCCUUCGACAUCCCAAGUUCGGACGAUGAAAUCGACGCCUCAGGACUUGCCUCAGAUGACGAUGAGCUUUCCCAUCUCAAUGCUCGUACACGACGACAACGAAGUGUCAUCCACAAAGCUCCAGUGCCUACCCGAAAAUCCGGCAAGGAAAAAGCAGCUCCCAAAACAACUACAAGAAGCACUGCAAAACGCACCUACGGCUCCCGCGGAAACCCAAUAUCAGAUAAGGAAAACGAAGAGGCGGAUGUCAAUGAUAGUCUGGGACCGGUACCCGAUGCAGCUGAUGAGAGUCCUGAGAAUAGCCAAGAAAUGGAGGCGAGGAUAGGAAAAGAGUUGAAGAAGGCAAGGAGGAAGUUCCAGGAGGUUGACAAGUGGGAGCUGGAGUUUGAGGAUGCUACUGGUAGUAGUUCGCCGAAAGAUGCUAGAUGA